AUGAAGCAAAUAUUGAAAUUAUUUGCUAUGAACCUCAUAUUGAUAGCCAAUAUUCUUUAAAGUUUAUGGUGGAUGGUUUUGGCUUUAUACUUCAUAGAACCAAUAAACUAUAUUGUGUUUUAUUUGCAAAUAGGGUGUGUAACAAUGAGAAUUUUGUAAUCAAUUUUGAUCAUCAAAAAUUACGGAAUGUUAAUAUUUGUGCACAUAGUAUCUCUAAUUUAUUACGCGACUUAUAUUGAAUCUUUAUUGCUCAUGAAUUACGAUUACUCUUGGAGCAUCUUCUCAAGUAGUUUAUUAAUAAUUAUUACUUACAAUUCGUAUUUGAAAUUUGCAAUUUAAAAAUGGAGUUACAUAUGUAAAUUAGGACUUCCCUUUUAUAUUAUUUUAAGACUCGUAUCCAUCGCCUUUAUUUCCUUUAAUUAUUUUGCUAUAGAAUGCUUAUUAAUAAUAAUUGUUGUUUUAAUUUAGUACUUGUUAACUUAUGAGUAAUAUGAUGAGAAGGUUAAUGUUAAUAGUAAUACUAAAGGUAAAACUAAAAUACCGGAAUUAUAAUUAAAAAAAGUAGAUGAGAAGGAAUCGCCAAAUCAUCAACAAUAAUCUUUACUAAAAUCAUUUAGCAGACUCUCUAUUAUUCAAACACCAUUGAAAAGCUAAAGUGUUUUAAUGAAGGAUCAACCAAGUGAUUUGAAAGUAGGAUAAUUUUCUAAUUUAACUAAUUUGUCAAAAUCUUAAAAGUAAAAUAAACCUUCUGAAAAGUCAGAUUUACAAUUACAUAUAUUUUACUAGAACCUUAUCAAUAUUUUCCCAUAAGGAAUUGUGAUUUUAAAUCAAUUACAAUAAAUUACCUAUAUGAAUAACAAAUGCGAAAAGUUAUUGGAAAGUUAGGGAGGAGAGUAGGUCUUGGAGAAGAUUAAAGUUUGUGUUAAUAAUGCUAAAAUGUCAGAUAAUGAGAGUGAAAUAUCCAAUAAUUUGUAAACAACCAAAUUAAAUAGAUAAAUAAAUUAAUAUACUCUUUAAAGGAUAGUUAGAAAACUGCAAAAGGAUAAUCGAAGAGCAGAUAUUUUUGAUAUCAUGCUUUAUCCUUCAAAAUAUUAUGGAAUGUUGGAAUAACGUGGAGAAUCGUAUAGUUAAGAAGAUUCGAAAACAGAUCAACUGACACUACAAUAAUAGGCAUUUAUAUAUGAAUGGUUAUUUGAAUCUGAAGUGUAAAAUAAAAUUAAUUAGAAGAAACUCAAAUUAAUCAUCAUCCCAACUACAAUGACUGGACAACAGUAAGAAUACAUAUCUCUCCCUUCAUAAAAUAAAUUUUCAAGCAAACUCAAUAUCUAAGUUAACAAUGAUUCAGAAAUCCCAGUUCUACUUAUAAUGAUUAAGAAUGUAACAAGCAAACACAGAUAUCAAUAAAUGAAAGAUGAAUAGAUUAUUCACCAUAGUUUAAUUAAAUCAUUCUCUCAUGAAUUGAGAACUCCAUUGAAUUCAUGUUAACAUAUGUUAAACCUAAUCAAGAAUUAGAAUAAAGAGAAUAAUGUGCAGGAGUAUGUUGACAUAGCUAUGUGUUCCAUUACUCUUUUAAUUCAUCAAAUUAAUGAUAUACUUGAUUAUGCUGCCAUUUAAUCCUUCUCCUUCUCUUAUCAUCUCACCAGAUUCAGUAUCAAUCAGAUCACUCAAGAAAUUGAGAAUCUUUAUAAUAUAUAAAUGAGACAGAAGAAAAUUCAUUUUUAAAUUAAAGUAUAGCCAUCAUUGAAAGAUUCCAUUAUUUGUAAUGAUAAGCAAAGAAUUCUUUAAAUUAUUGUUAACUUAUUAAAUAAUGCCACAAAAUAUACGAAAGAAGGAGGGACAGUCAAACUUAGUAUUAAAUAAAUGAGUCUAUUCCAUCUAAAAGUAUCAGUGAAAGAUAAUGGAAUAGGAAUAGAAGAUGAUAAAUUAGCAUUAAUUCAAAAUAGUUUGAAAGGUACUUCAGAGUACGGUGCAAGAUUGAAAUCUCAUUAAGUUUCUUAAAAGGCAGGACUUGGGUUGCAUAUUGCAGCUAGAUUAGUAGAAGGAUUAGCUGAAUCAAAUAAUAAUUAGGUGCUAAUCAGUUCUAUAAAAAAUCAAGGAACAAAAGUGUAAUUUUUAGUUUAAAAUUUCUUUAAUGCUACAAAUGAUUAAUAUUAAUCUAAUUACGUAUCGCAAUUAACUGGAAGAUUCAAUCAAUCAGGUAUUUAAUAUACAUUAAGUGAGAGAAAAUUUGAUGAUAGAAUUUUAAUUAAGUAAAUGAAUUCAAAAUUAGAUUAUGAUUAUUAAUUUUAGGAUAAUUUUGUUUAUGAAUAAGAAUCUUCUUUGAACACUCCAAAACUUAAUGAUGAUAUGAAACAACCAUAAAUUUCUUUACCCAUCAGUCCUGAAUACUUCUCACAUAAGUUUCUUCCUACAUGCUAAAAUACCUUGCCUUAGUAUAGUAUCCAAAAAAGCAUCUUUUUAUGUGAUAAUUGUGUUCAUGUGUUAAUUGUUGAUGAUAUUCCAUUUAAUCAAAUAGCACUUAAAUUGAUGCUCAAAUAUUAUCAAAUAGAAGCAGAUCAAGCAUUUGAUGGAUUGUAAGCGAUUGAAAAAGUUAAGACAAAAUUGUAGGGACAUUGUCCUACUUAUAAAUUAAUAUUUAUGGACAUAGAGAUGCCAGGGAUUGAUGGGUUUUAAACAAGUAAAUAGAUUAAUGAAUUGACUUAAAAACAAUCAAUGAUAGUAAUUUGUUCUGCGUAUGACACUUAAGAAAAUUUCAGUGAAGGACAAAAAGUUGGUAUCUCGACAUUUCUUCCAAAGCCUGUAAAAUAAGAUGAAUUGGAGGAAGUGUUGAAGAAACUGUUUCAAAAGAAUUUUAAUUGA